AUGUUAGCAAACACGAUGUUCGCCUCUAGAGCUGUUCUUCGGUCCGGCUGUGUGAGAAGAGCUCAGCUAUCGUCCGCUCGCAGCUACCAUGGCCUUGCCCAGAGCAAGUUUUUCAAGGUUUCAGAGGAGGUGCGUGAUGCAGUUGCUACCGGAAAGCCAGUCGUCUCACUGGAGACGACAAUCUAUACACAUGGUUUCCCCUAUCCCGAUAACAUUGCUCUCGCGAAACAGUUGGAGUCCAUUGUGAGGGCCAAUGGCGGAGUUCCUGCUACUAUAGGAAUCAUUGGUGGUGUGGCUAAGGUUGGUCUGAGUAACGAAGAGCUCAUCGAGCUGGCCUCGACAGCUGAAAAGAAGAGCGCUUUGAAAGUGUCUCGCAGGGACCUUGGGUAUAUUUGCGGCAUGGGCUUGGUUGGGAAGCCAAUGUACGGUGGCACCACAAUCUCUGGCACUAUGAUUCUCUCAGAGCUAGCCGGUAUCAAAAUAUUUGGCACUGGUGGACUAGGUGGUGUGCAUCGCGGAGCAGAAAACUCGAUGGAUAUCUCUGCCGAUCUUACUGAGCUUGGACGUACUCCAGUGACUGUGAUCAGCUCUGGAUGUAAAAGCUUCUUGGAUAUCCCUCGAACUCUCGAAUAUCUUGAGACCGAGGGCGUCUGCGUGGGUACCUUCGCCGAUGGUAGGGAGGGCGCCGUCGACUUCCCUGCUUUCUAUACACGGGAAAGUGGCAUUCGCAGUCCUCGGGUCAUUCAAAAUGAAGCUGAAGCCGCUGCUAUAGUUUAUGCGCAAUCUAAACUCCCGGUAUCCUCUGGAAUUCAUUUCGCCAACCCGAUUCCUUUGGAGCACUCAAUUCCCAAAGCAAAGAUGGAUGUUGUGAUUGAAGAGGCCAUCCGCCUUUCCCAUGUAGAGGGCUACCACGGCAGUGACAAUACGCCAUUCGUGCUUUCCAAGAUCAAGGAAAUGUGUGGCGAGAGCGUAGUUGCUAACCAAGCUUUGAUUGAGUCGAACGCCAAGCGUGCAACCCUAGUAGCCGUGGAACUUGCCAAGCUUGAAGAGGCUGACCGAGGAACAUCGUCUCGACACAUGCCAGCAAUCCCGGGUGUAGCUUCGACAGGUCAAAGUGCCUCGCAAAUUCAAGACAAUCCUGAGCCAGUCAUCACCGAGACACCUAUCAUCCCAGCACCAAAGGCAGAUGUCGUGGUUGCCGGCUCCCUAGCCAUCGACCUGUCUUGCGAUUAUACUCCAUUUGGAGAUGAGCUCACACAGGUUGCACCAGUACCGCAUACCUCCAACCCUGCAGUGAUCGGGCAGAGUCUAGGAGGCGUUGGCCACAAUGUUGCCGUCGCCGCUAGCUACGUUGGGAGCGACGUUCUCUUCUGCAGCGUCGUUGCAGACGAUCUAAGCGGCCGCGCAGCACUAUCAACCCUUGAGAAAGAAGGUCUGAGCACAGAAGGCAUCCAAGUCCUUCCAGCCACUCCAUGCACCCGCACAGCACAGUAUAUCGCGAUCAAUGAUAUCAAGAAAGACCUCGUCGUAGCGAUGGCCGACAUGGGCAUCAUUGAGUUAACAGAAUCCAAGCUCGACUUCGAUGGCUUCUGGGAACCCCUCCUCGAACGCACAAAGCCCAAAUGGGUCGUCGUCGACGCCAACUGGCGCCCAGAGGUGAUAUCCAAAUGGAGCUCGAUAGCACGCAAGCACGGCGCCCGAGUGGCAUUUGAGCCCGUUUCAACAGCCAAAUCCCGACGUCUGUUUGGUAGCGAUGCCAACAGCACCGGCACAACCAUCACUCAAAAUCAGACGGUACCAAACAAUGCUAUCAGUCUCGCGUGUCCAAACCGCCUCGAGGUGACAGCUAUGUACACCUCUGCGCGCGAGUCACUUCUCUUCGACUCACCGGGCUGGUGGCACAUCAUCAAUUGUAUGAAUCUGUCCCCGGCGGGCUCGCGCGAGCGUCUCGUUUCUUUGACUUCGUCGUCUCUCGUCGACGAGGGACUUCCACAACAGACCCUUCAACUCCUUCCUUUCAUUCCCUGCAUUGUUACCAAACUCGGUAAUGCGGGUGCGCUCCUCACUCAGCUCCUCCCGCCUGGUGAUCCGCGACUUACGGACCCGGAGUCGGCGCCGUAUAUUCUUGCUCGCGCUCCGCUUGAAUCUGACGUGUCUUUCGGUGGUGUCUACAUGCGCUUGUUCCCGCCUACCACAAUCAUGCAUUCUCACGAUAUUGUUAGUGUCAAUGCGGCGGGCGAUACGCUGCUGGGUGUUCUGGUGGCUGGGCUGGCUAAGGAUCCUUCUGUGCGCAUUGAAGAUAUCAUUCCUAUUGCUCAGGAGGCGAGCCGGAAAACACUUGCUAGCGCUGGAGGUGUGAGCAAAGAUUUGGUUGAACUCCGAGGCUCACUGGGGCUGCCACCGCUUUCUAGGGGCGCUUAG